CCAAGGGUCUGCGUUAGCGCCCCGCCCCCCAGAUGCUCCGUCCCACGUGGGAUCCUGUCCCCUGAACCCGCUUCUCCGGCCCUGGCGCCUUGUGACGUCACGUCUCACCUCAUAAUUAUGCAGGCGUGCGUCAGGCGGCACGAGGACAGAGUUGCCUGACGAACACCACCUGCGGGGCCAGGCCUUUCUUCCGUUACGUCACGCGCCCAUUUCGUCGUCCGCCGUGCUGGUCCCGGAUCAGUCCGCCAGUCCAGAAGAGGAGGGGCCAGCCUUCGUGGCCAUUACCCUCGUAGCUGGCGGCUGGCGACGCACGCAUGGGGUCGUCCGCAUCCAAGGCUGCCCUCAGAGCGACCACCGACGAGCCCUCCGAGCCCGGGCCGAAACACCUGUCAGCUCUAAUCCAGUACAUAAAUGGAACAAAUAGGAGUGUGGAGCAUCUGGCUGAUAUUCUUUAUGAGAAAACUGGGAGCAGCAGCUGGGUGGUGGUGUUCAAAGCCCUGAUUACUGUGCAUCACCUUAUGGUGCAUGGAAAUGAGCGAUUUAUCCAACAUCUUGCAUCUAGAAACUCUUUGUUCAUUUUAUACAACUUCCUGGAUAAAAGUGUCACAGAAGGCUAUACUAUGUCAUCCUUCAUCAGACGAUAUAGCAGGUACUUGAAUGAAAAGUCACUCGCAUACAGACUGAUUGCAUGUGACAUCAGCAAAGCCAAGAGAGGGACGAACGGUGUGAUGAGAACUAUGAACAGUAGAGAGCUGCUGAACACUCUUCCAGUUAUUCAGACUCAGUUCACUGCUCUGCUUAAUGUUAAUGCAAAUCCUGACGAAAUAACUAAUGGUAUAAUAUAUGCUGCUUUCAUGCUCCUCUUUAAGGAUGCUCUUCGCCUCUUUGCAGCCUAUAAUGAGGGGAUCCUUAAUCUGCUAGGCAAGUAUUUUUACAUGAGGAAGAACCAAUGCAAGGAAAGUUUGGAUAUUUACAUCAACUUCCUUGGAAGAAUGACCAAAUUUGUGCAGUUCCUGAAAGUUGCAGAGCAAGUUGGAAUUGACCAGAAUGACAUUCCAUAUAUUAAUCAGGUACCCUGCAGUUUACUUGAAGCACUAAAACAGCAUUUAGCUUCUUUGGAAGAGAAAAUUGACGUUUUACCUGCUUAUAGAUUGUUUCCUCUAUGUGAUAUGUUACAACUGGCAUUGCCUUCACAAGUCCCCAAGUGUAUUGCAGCCAGACAGCAAAGUGGAAGUGUUAUAGCAAACAACCUGGAUGGCUCACUGGUUAGCCCUGUAAGAAAUCUUGACUUUGGAGAAAGCCCAGUCAACAGAUCGGACGUGAAGGGGUGUCAAUCCUCAGAGAUGGAAAUGACUGGUGGAAUGAACUGGCAGUUGAAUAGCUGUACCUGCGUAUCAACCAUCUGGAGCCCAAUUUCUAUUCCUCCAGUUUCCCACAUGGUUCCAACUCCAAUUGGAGCUCCUUCCCUAAUGGCACCUCAACCCAUGAUUUAUACCCAACCAGGCUUAAGGACAGCAAGCCUGCUGCUCCAUCCACAAGAAAUAACACAGAAUCCAUGAGGUACCAAAGCGAAAAGAUUCCAAAUCAGAGGUGAAAACAAAUGACGAUCUCUCUACAGGCUGAUUGAAUCAUCCACUUCUUCCAAGUAAAAUAAAC